AUGAGCUCAAAGCAUAGAACCUCUCGCUUUCACUCUCAAAGUAGUUUCCCAUCCCAUUACAACUCUCUGCCACCUGGAUCUCGAGCUGUCAAACAAACCAAUCACGCAACCAUCUCAUCCUGUAAUCUCCAAUCGAACGACGACGAUGACGAUGACGAUAACUCUCAGGUGCCAGGCAAUGCCCGGAUUCAUAUUGAUUCUCUGACUCCAGAGACACAUCCGAAACUUACUGUGGCAGAUUCGACCGGAUUAGACAAAGAAACUGUCAAAGCUAUUGAUGGUUCGGAACACUUGGUAUGGUAUGGUAUUCAAGGUAAGACAAUGGACGAUGAGAAUCGAACUUCCAUCAGAUCUAUUGGUUUACCUCCAAGUUCGAUGGAAAUUUUCGUUCCUUGCAACAGUCGUCUAUGUCAAGUCAUCUUGCCCGAUCCUCCCUCUUCUCGUUCUAUCGGUGAUUCAUGUAGUGUUGGAUACCUCGAAAUGGACAAAGAGACCCAUUCUGAGUUACUAAAAGCUUCAGAGACACACCCGCGCUUCAGCUGUGAGAUCGACUUAACCCGACUAAACUUGGGUGAACAACCGAAAGGGACAGAGUAUAGUGCACCCGAAAGAGUGACUGUGAUGAGAGAAUUCACGUUUGAACCUGGACAUGCACUUGUACAGCCAAUUCACGGUAAAGUGAAUGGAUUCAGAUCCACUUUACCUGGAUUUUCGGGGAUGGGGUUUCCUGAUGUUGAUAAACAGGGUAAAGAAGAUUGGUUUGGAGAAAUUGAGAUGUUAACUAAAAUAAACUGUUAG